AUGUCAAAAAGAUCCUGCCACAUUGCUUCCACAAGGGACUCUGCUUUUAAAAAAUCGCAACAAGAGUCUUCUGCUGGCUGCUUUUCAACGUUGAAGCAUCUCUUGUUACCGAAACGGCGUCGCCAUAUAAAUGAAUCAGUCUCUUUGUCGGAGAAAUCAUCAAAUCUGUCUAUACAGGGUAAUGCAACAAGAAAGGUGAAAGUGAACAAUAAAUUAGACCAAAAGGAUUCGAAAAGUGUUGUUUCCGAAGAACCUGCCGCAUACUCGCCCUAUUGCUUUUCUCCUAUGUCAUCAUCCUCUUCUACUACAGCCGAGUGCAAAACAUGCGAUAUUCCAAGAAAGAAAUGUGAUACGCACAGUGAGAUCGCAAAUUCAGCACUUUCUCGUGAUCAGACUACGUUAUUUGGCAAAACUGCUUGUACAUUUGAAACCUUUGACUCAUCACGUCGUUUGGAACUUCUUAGAAAGCAAAUGAAGAUCUGGAAGCUUACAGCAUACAUCAUACCAUCUGAGGACGAACAUCAGAGCGAGUACACUGCACCAAAGGACCAGAGACGUGAAUAUAUUUCUGGUUUUACCGGAAGUGCAGGUGUUGCAAUCAUUACCUUGGAUAGGGCAGCACUUUCCACAGAUGGCAGAUAUUUCUUGCAGGCUGGCAGACAGUUAGAUGGUAACUGGCAGCUUUUAAAGCAAGGUGUUGAAGGUUAUCCGGAUUGGAAGCAGUGGACUAUGGAUGAGGUUAUGGACGAAGUGAGAGAGCAUAAAGAAGAUGGAAUUCUUCGAUCAGAUGAAAUUGGUACGAUUGGUGUUGAUCCAAGAUUGAUAAGUGUAAAGACAGGUGUUGAAUUGAAAGAAUUAUGCUUUAAUUACAAUUUGAACUUUGCUACAAUCUUAGAUCAUAACUUGGUUGAUGAUACCAUGAAAUUGGAGCACUAUGUCCCUCCUCACAAAGAUAUUUCUGAAUUAAUGCUUUUCAAACAUGAAUUGCAAUAUUCAGGUGAAUCUACGACAAGCAAAUUGGCCCGCAUUAGAAAGUUCAUGAAGAAUGCAAGCGUUUUUGCUGUUAUUGUAUCUGCCCUUGAUGAAAUUGCGUGGGUUCUCAAUUUGAGAGGUAAUGACAUAGCGUACAACCCUGUGUUUUUCUCUUAUUUAGUGAUUACUUCUGACUCGGUCAAACUGUACGUUGACAAACGCAAACUUUCUAAAGAUAUUAUCACAUAUCUUUGCUCUUGUUCUGAAAAUUUCCAGAUUUACAGAUACAAUCAAUUCUGGCGGGAUCUACCAGCAUUGGAUUCCCAGGAUCCAAGCUUAAACACUGUCAAUACUGAAACAGAGCCAAGCUAUGCUUUGUUCACUCAAUUACCAUCAAUUUAUGAAGUUAUGAGACGGUCAAUUGUUGGAGAAUUCAAGGGAAUCAAGAAUGAGACAGAAAUAUCUGGAAACAGGAAUGCUCAACUAAGGGACAGUGUCGCAUUAUGCCAGCUUUAUGCAUGGCUUGAUGAAAAGCUCAAAAAUGGUGACACUUUAUCAGAAAUGGAUGUUGCAAACCGUUCUGCGUAUUAUAGAAGUCAGCAAAAAUACUUUAAGGGACUAUCCUUUGCUACAAUUGCGUCAACAGGUCCAAAUAGUGCUGUUGUGCAUUAUGAGCCUACAGACAAGGAGUGCUCCAUUGUUGAUCCAGAUGCAGUAUUUUUGUGUGAUUCAGGUGCACAGUAUUUAGAUGGCACCACUGAUAUUACCAGAACAUAUCAUUUUGGAUUACCAUCAGCUUUAGAGAAGAAAAUAUUUACACUUGUUCUGAAUGGCCAUCUCAGAAUUGCAAUGCUUCAAUUCAAGCAGGGAACUUCUUCAUAUUACAUUGAUUCGUUGGGUAGAGAUCCGCUCUUGAAGGAGGGUUAUAAAUACUCCCAUGGCACGGGUCAUGGGAUUGAUACAUAUAUAUGUGUCCACUCUGGACCAUGUGGCCUCUCACCUGCAAAAACUUCAUACAAUUAUAAGCCGCUAGAGCCUGGAAAUUUUCUUAGUGAUGAACCAGGUUGUUACUUGACAGACCAAUUUGGUGUCCGGAUUGAGAGCGAUGUACUUGUGACCAAAUCCAAUAAAUCCAAUGAGUUAGCAUUCGAAUAUAUGACCCUUGUUCCUUUUGAUUUGAACCUCAUAGACAAGACGUAUUUAACAGAUGAGCAGGUCACAUGGAUUAAUGCAUACCACAAAAGAGUUUAUGAUAGUAUUUCUCCUAUUUUGACAAGCAUCCAUGACGUGCGUGCAUUGAGAUGGUUAAGGAAGGAGACACAUAGUAUUUAA